AUGGAAGAUGUGAAGCAGCAGCGAAAUGAACAGGAAGCCAAUGUAUUCAUUCUGGAAAGCGUAGAGGAAGGCGAAUAUGUUGGGUCCACCACCUGCGAACUUGACCAUUUCGGCGAGUUUGCCACCUUGAUUGAUGAGACCGUUGCUUUGGAUGAUGCCGAGGACGGACAGACCGAGCGCAAUGAAUCCUACAGCAGUAAUGGCGCGUGA